AUGGCUGAGCGCAUGAGCGUGUUGCGUGCGAGCGGCGAAUUAGGACGUCGCGAGACGCUGAGCGUCGUCUCGACGUCUUCGUCCGGAUUCGGGAAUAUGGGCGGCACGAACGUGCGAACGAUGACUCCCGGGCUCAUCGAGUUUGAGCAGUUUCUCGUCGAAAGCGGUUGGCGCGUGGAUUCGGAGCGCAAAGCGAUCUCUCGAGACGUGCGCGAUACGCUCGUGAGCGAAGCGAAGAAAAAAACGGCGCUGAAGAUGAAGGUGAAUGACGCACCGAUGAGCAAGACCAUGCUGAGUAAGGUAAAAGUCGGUGACUUGCGUGACGCCGCAAAGGUUCUCGGUCUCGAUCAGGUCAUGCAGGGCGUCACCAAGAAGGCGGACGUCGUCGCGUACCUGCUCGCGUAUUAUGAAUACAUGCAUGGUACAAUCGACGCGAAAACCAUGGGCGUGCGCAUGUCGGACGUAUCCAGCAUCAGCGCGGAGAUCAUGCGAGAAGCCGAAAAGGAUUCGAAUGCCACGUCGGCGAGCGCACGCUCGGCAAAAGUGUCGAAACCGGAGCUCAAGCGCGAAACAGAUCCAGGUCGUAUGGACUACGUGAAAGCUUUCGAACCGGAUGAAUUGGUACAGCUUCUUGUUCGCGCUCGCGGUAUCGACGUGAUGUCUAUAAACGUUCGCGAUCAGUGCACGUGGACAGACCAUCUCAUUAUCGCCACUGCGCGAAGCGCGCACCACCUGAAGGCGCUCGCCGGCGCAGUUCUUCACGCCGUGAAAGCGCGCACCGAGUACGUCGCCGGCGGUCGAUUGCAGCCAGUCAUCGAGGGCGCCCAGAACGGCGGGGAUAAGGACUGGAUGGCUGUCGACUGCGGUUCGUGCAUGGUGCACAUAUUCUCUCCCGAGGGUCGAGCGCAGUACAAUCUCGAGGAACUGUGGGCGACAGGCGAAGAGAUAGUACACAAUGGGCCUGAACGCCUCUCGAUCGACACCAUCGGCGCCGAUCACCACACAGCGUGA